AUUCUGAUAGGACGGAUGGAGAACUGUCAAAAACGCGAUAAGUGAAGUAAGAAAUUGAGCACGAAGAAGGUGAGAAGGAGUACAAACAAAAAUAAACUUUCUGUUUGGAAGCGGUGAGGUUUCGAGCCCACUUUUCAAAGGGUAGUGUCGUCUCCUAUUCGUGAUUUUCUCCGUAGAAAUUAGUGCGCGUAGAGUAGUGUCUUCCGGUCCGAAAUGGCUGCAAGACAUGCUUUAGUUGGUGGUGGAACAGGUUUUAUUGGGUCCCGGUUGACCAAGCACUUGGGAAAGAACGGAUACGAGGUGACCGUGGUAUCGAGAAUGCCAGGACCGCAGCGCAUUACGUGGCAUGAAUUAGCCGAGAAAGGAUUGCCCAGCGGAGUCACGACCGUGAUCAACUUGGCCGGCCAAAAUGUAUUGGUCCCAACGCGGCGAUGGACCCCGGGAUUCAAACAGAACGUAUGGAACUCGAGGGUAAAUACAACAGCUUCCAUGGCCAAGGCUAUACAGCGAUCCGAGAGAAACAUUGAAUCUUUCAUCAACAUCUCUGGUGUUAGUUUAUACAAACCAAGUGAACGUGUGUAUACAGAAGACGAUAAAGGCGAAGGCUACGAUUUUAUGUCUAAUCUUUGUCUCGAAUGGGAGAAUGCCGCAUCGCUGCCAUCGGAAUCUGGGUGUAGAGUGGUCAAAAUCCGAACAGGUGUGGUCGUUGGACGUGGUGGCGGAAUGAUUCAAUCAAUGUACUAUCCGUUCUUCUUUGGCCUUGGAGGUCCCAUCGGUAGUGGAAAACAGCCUCUCCCUUGGAUUCACAUAGAUGAUUUGUGUCGUCUCAUUCAAUUUAGUGCAGAAAAUGAAAAAGUCAGUGGAGCUCUGAAUGCCGUCGCUCCUGAAGUUGUAACGAAUGAGCAAUUCUCCAAACAAUUUGCUUGCUCUUUGCGACGUCCUUCACUAUUUGCUGUUCCUGAAUUCGUUGUGAAAGCAAUAUUUGGCGAGGAACGAGCGGCACUUCUAUUGCUUGGGGCAAAAGUUAAACCAAAACGAACAUUGGAUUGUGGCUUUGAGUUCAAGUAUCCAACAGCCAAGGCUGCAUGUGAUGAAGUUGUAAAGUCUUCUGCUAACUAAUUGAGGCAACGAGAGAGAUUCAAGAUAUAUACCGCGCGCUGUGUUUUUAUUUAUUGUUAAAACUAACGUUUUGUAAUAAUUUAUUAAGUGAUAAAAUAAAUUAUGUAAGCAUAUGCGA